AAUAAGUCGAAUAUGUAUUAUUAUACAGCGACAUCUUUAUUCAUUUCACGCGGCGGUAAAAUCGAAUUUGCAAUGACAAUUUAAGGUUAUAUUUAAUUGUACGAAUAUAGAAUUUAUUAGAAAAAAAGAAUAUAAGAGUGCGCAAAUCUUAAAACACACAUUUUGGAUUACCAUUCAUUACGAUAUAUUAUUAAUACAUAUAAUGUAAAAAUACAUUAUACAUAUGGUACAGUAUUUCAGUAUCAGUUUCGAAAAGUGACAAUGAAAAGACUUUUUAUUAAUUAUUGCGAAUAGAAGAAUGAACCGCAAAAGAUCAUGAAAAAGCAAUCUAUUGAAGAAAAAACAUCUGCAAAUAAUGCAGCAAAUUCGAAAUUAUACGAAAAUGAAAGAUCGAACGAAGUAUCAAAUGAUUCUCAACUCGUAGAACAAUCGUCGAUAGUGACGAUACAAAAACCUUUAGUUUUGAUGAAGUUAGAAAUGAUUAAGCCAAGCAUGGAAGGUGCAUCGUCAACGAACUCGGAGAAAAUUUUUUCGUAUAUCGAAGAAAAUACACCGACUGAUUUGCCUUUUCUAGAUAAUUCAAACAAUGAAUCGAUGCAGGACGUAACCAAUAUCGAAGGAAAGAUUAUUAACGGUUCAAAAUUUACUUUUUCUGCAAAGCAAACGAAGGAGAUGUCAAUGAAACUUACAAUUAGUUGUGACGCUACAACAACGCAAGCUGCAACCCCUUACUCUUCGUCCAUGUCAACCAUGGCAUCUGUACCAACAAAAGAUAAUUUACAAAUAUCCACUACUCCUUUAUCUUCUAUAGGAUCUAUUUCUAAAAGCGAGAUUCUAACAAUCACUACGGAUUAUAAUAAUCGUUCGCCCGAUGUACGCAGUAUACUUGUAGAUGUAGUCGAUCAACACGAUCCAUCGUUGAUAUUUAAUCGAGAUUUACAAUUGUCGAUCGAAGAAACGUUCAAUUUACCACGAAGUAUAUCAUCCAUAAGAAAUAAUUUCGCUAAUCGAGCAAGACAAUCUCGUCGAAUCUGGAGAUUCGGAAAAUAUCUGUGUUGUAUUACAUCGACAGACGAAGAGAUAGAUACGCUUCAACAUUUGAGAGGGGCUCCACCUACAUAUUCAUCGAUAUAUGUUAGCCCAGGAACAUUACGUCAAGGAUCGGCUAUUACACGAACAAAUUUACACAAUACUAGAAGAUUUAUUUUUCCAGUUACGAAUCAAUCGUCUUUUGUAGCACCUACUCCUCCACCAAGUUAUGCUCAAGUUCAGGGUAUUCAACUUAGCCCAUAUUUUACGGAACAAAAUCUUUCUGUUUCACCAAGUGCUAAUUCUUGGUCUCCAAGACCCAUAACUACUAUUUGUACACGAUGCUUAGCCCUUGUCAUUACUCUAACAGAAGUUCGUCGAUCGAGUGUCACACAUUUAAGUGCAUUUCUUCUUUGUCUUUGUGGAUGCUGGCCUUGUUGUAUGAUCCCAUAUUGGUUGAAUUCUUGUAAAAGUACCGAUCAUUAUUGUCCUAUUUGUCACACGUAUCUUGGAACUUACACACCUUGGUAAUUUAAACAUAUUCCUACAAAAUUCUUAUUACAAAUAUUCUCUAGAUAUUUUUUUAUUAAUAAGUUCGUGCAUAAACGUUAAAAAAUUAUAAAAAUAUAUCUAGAAAUAAAUUGCAUUUAAUUAUACAAUGAAACAUAAAGUACACGAUGUUCGAUGAUAUU